UUAGUCUGAUACAGGCUUAACGUUAGGAAAAGUUUGACGCGACCGGUCGGUAUCACGUAUGUUGAUUUGAUGAGAAAUCAGUUUUUAGAUUAGGUUAAAACUGUUUUGAAUCAAAAUAUCUACGUGUAUAGAGUUGAUUAUAUAUCCGCAUUAUUUACAAAGAUGAGCCGGAAGGAAGCAUUAUCUCAAUUUAUACAACAAAUCCAUGGACGGCCUGUUGUCGUAAAAUUGAACAGCGGUGUUGAUUACAGAGGUGUGUUAGCUUGUAUAGAUGGUUAUAUGAACAUAGCGCUUGAACAGACAGAGGAAUAUGUCAAUGGGCAAUUGAAAGACAAAUAUGGAGAUGCAUUUAUACGAGGGAACAAUGUGUUAUAUAUUAGCACACAAAAGCGUAGAAAUUAAUUAUAUGACAUAAGCAAAUAUAAAUUUUUAUUUAUUUGAAAUUUAUCUAUUCAUAAACAAUUCUAACAGCUACAUUUUGACUUAUUUCUACAAUAAUUGCAGGUAAAACAAUAAUUUUUGUUAUAUAAUAAAUACUUCUAAAUGAUAUUUUAGUCUUAUAUGUAUAUAUGAUGUAACAAAAAUUUUAUAUUACUACAUAUUGUACUUUA